AUGACUGAAUUCUGCAAUAGCAUCAGAUUCUGUCUCGGUUCCUACCCUUUCCUUGCCUUACACACAGACACCAACUAUUACAAUGACAACGACACUAUGUAUCUGACAAACAGGCCGGAUCAGAAACAGGAGUUUGGGUAUUCAGAGGGGAUAUUUUAUACCGACAAAUAUUGCUGCUGUUUGUCUGUCCGUCUGUGUGUCUGUCUAUCAUUCUAUCUUGCUAUUUUUGACACAGAGAUUUUAGAUAUUUUUGAAAGAUAUCGUACAGACCACAUAUGGAAAUACUCAAUGUGCUGGGAUUUCCUGUAUGCAGUACGGACAGUAAUGCUUUGUAAUACACUCUGAUCAGUUCUUUGUGCAGUUAUCCCGAUAGUCACAUUUUAUAUCAGACCCGCUCUCUGAUCACAGUGUAACCAAACUACAGAGAAUUGCCCAUGGAUCCAUGACCAAAUGUCAAGUAGAAUGUGUGCAUUUCAUCUUAUAUCUUAGAUUGUCAGAUUUAGAAAGAAAGUGAGAGAACAAUGCUUAUAGCACUGAAUACUUUAAUAAUAAGACAUUACACGUUCUCCUCCUUUCUUUCUGUUCCCCACCUCAAAAAGCAAGUCACAUACAUAUCAGAAUAUUAAAUAUGCCACAAGUCUGGAAUCCCAGAAUAUCAAAUCUGCCCCCAGUCUGGAGUCCCUGAAUAUUAAAUCUACCUCCAGCCCGGAGUCCCUAAAUAUUAAAUCUACCAUCAAUCUGGAGUACCUGAAUAUUAAAUCUACCAUCAGUCUGGAGUCCCUGAAUAUCAAGUCUGGCCCCAGUCCGGAGUCCCUAAAUAUUAAAUCUACCAUCAGUCUGGAGUCCCUGAAUAUCAAAUCUGCCCCCAGUCUGGAGUACCUGAAUAUUAAAUCUACCAUCAGUCUGGAGUCCCUGAAUUUUAAGACUGGCCCCAGUCUGGAAUCCCUGAAUAUUAAAUCUGCCCUCAGUCUGGAGUACCUGAAUAUUAAAUCUACCAUCAGUCUGGAGUCCCUGAAUAUCAAAUCUGCCCCCAGUCUGGAGUGCCUGAAUAUUAAAUCUACCAUCAGUGUGGAGUCCCUGCAUAUCAAGUCUGCCCCCAGUCUGGAGUCCCUGAAUACUAAAUCUACCUCCAGUCCGGAGUCCCUAAAUAUUAAAUCUACCAUCAGUCUGGAGUCCCUGAAUAUCAAAUCUGCCCCAAGUCUGGAGUACCUGAAUAUUAAAUCUACCAUCAGUCUGGAGUCCCUGAAUAUCAAGUCUGGCCCCAGUCUGGAGUACCUGAAUAUUAAAUCUACCAUCAGUCUGGAGUACCUGAAUAUUAAAUCUACCAUCAGUCUGGAGUACCUGAAUAUUAAAUCUACCAUCAGUCUGGAGUCCCUGAAUAUCAAGUCUGCCCCCAGUCUGGAAUCCCUGAAUAUUAAAUCUGCCCUAGUACAGAAUCCCUGA